CUUUCUUCUCCAUGACUUUAAAAAUGAGAAUAGAAAACAUGAAUUUUACAUUUUUUCCCCACUGUAUUAGGUUUUUUUAAUGAAUUACUGUGGUACAUUUUUAUUUCAAACCAUUCAUGUCUCUGAACCCUUUUUGUUCUCAGACUUUUUGCUGGAGUGUUUAAUAACAAAUAUUAACUAUUCCUAUAGACUUUUGUAUUUUUGAGAAAAAAGUAGCAGCAUGGACAAUUUCAGUCAAUUUUUUUUUUAACAAAAUACUGUUUUUCACAAGAAACCAUAACAAACAGUUGCCGGACUUCAUUAGGGCCUGGGUAUGUGGCCCAGAAGUCAUUGAGGUGUAACUUGGAUGAAGUCAUCAUACCUCAGGGUCUGGUUCUUAGCCCAGGGAGACUCGCCCUUUCUAGGUAAACAAACAGCGAGUUACCUGAUGUGUAAACCGGAACUUCAGUUUAUUAACAUAUAAUGAAAAGAAUACAACAGCCAGGUAGUUUGGACAUUCAUGUUGGAUAGAAGACUAGUGCAUUUUUUUUCUAUUAGAAAAGCUGUAUGAGAAGCCAUAGUGUGCAUGGAAAUGGGAGCAUAGGGAUUGUAUUUUGACCAGCAAAAAGUUUUGUUUGGAUGAAGUCCAGCUUACCAGUUUUUUUCUUUUGUGGUUCAUACUUUUGACGUCAUCUCUAAGAAGUUGUUGCCUAACCCAAGAUUAUAAAGAUAUGCACCUACAUUUUUUUCUAGAAGUUUUGUGGUUUUAUCCCUUACAUUUAGGAUUAUCCUCUGUUUUGAAUUAACUUUUGUAUGUGACGCUAGGUACAUAUGUUAGUUAUGUAUGAAUGUCUACUUGUUCCAGCACUAUUUGUUGAAAAGACUGUCCUUUCUUCCACUGAUUUACCUUGGCACCUCUGUUAAGAAUCUGUUGACCUUAUAUUGCUGGGUCUGUCUGGACCCUAUUCAGUUCCAUUGAUUCAUGUGUUUAAUUUUAUGCUAUUACCACACCAUCUUGAUGAUGGUAGCUUUAAAUGUUGCAAUCAGAUAAUGUGAGUCCCGUUUUGUCCUUUUACAUAAUUGUUUUGGCCAGUCUAUUCCUUUAUAUUUCCAUGUAAAUUUUAAAAUCAGUUUUUUUUUUAUCAGUUUCUAUAAAAAUAUUUGCCAUGAUUUUGACUAUAUUUGUGUCGAGUCUAAAGAUCAGUUGGGAGGCUGGACGCAGUGGCUUACACCUGUAAUCCCAACACUUUGGGAUGCCAACGUGAGUGGAUCGCUUGAGCCCAGUAGUUCAAGACUAAUCUGGACAACAUGGCAAAACCCUGUCUCUACAAAAAACACUCAUCUGUAGUCCCGGCUAUUUGGGAGGCUGAGGUGAUGGGGAACUGCUUGAGCCUGGGAAGUGGAGGUUGCAGUGAGCUGAGAUUCUGCCACUUGCACUCCAGCCUGGGGGACAGAGCAAGGGAAGACCCUAUCUCAAAAAAAAAAAAAAAAAAAGAAAGAAAAAUCAUUUGGGGAGAAAUUCACAAGUAAUAAUAUUGAGUCAUUUAAUCUGUGAACAAAGUAUAUAUUUAGGUUUCCUUUAAAUUUCUCUCAGCCAUCUCUACAGGUAUAUUAUAUACAGUUAUAGGUAUAUUAUAUAGACUCAUCUCUGGGUUCAAAUCAUGGUUCUGCCACUUAUGAAGUGACCUUGGGCAAGUUUCUUAGCUUCUCUGAGCCUCUUCUUCCUUGUCUAUAAAAUAGGGGUAAUAUCUCAUUGAUUUUGUCUAAGGGUUAAGUGAAUUGAUGUAUGUUAAAGGCCUAAUGUUACGCCUGGCAAAAAGUUUACUGCGCAAUCCAAGUUAGUAGUUGUUAUGAUUAUCAUCAUUGUCAUCUUUACCAUCAAGUAAUGAUGGCCUGUUGCACCCACGUCUGCCAAAUAGUUAUUCUUACCCACAAUCAGAUGGUUAGUAGCAGCUGCUCAGGGCUCCCUUUAUGGUCAGCAUCGCUGAUGAACACUGCCAAACGCUUGCUCCUAGGGGCUGUCUUUUCUCUAUGCCACACGGCCAGUCUCCAGCUGUAGCUGUUUACACAUUAUUCCUUUGGAUUAUGUUAAUACCAUUGAUUAGGCCACAGCUUUCCUUUGCAUUUAGUUCAGUCUUCCUUUGAUUUUUCCAAUAUUGCUUGGAAAAGUUUGCUCUAACUUUUUGUCUGUCACUGUCUGAAUCUCUCCUACUAUGUGUUUAUGAGUUUAAUUUUCAGAGUUUUGGGCUAGCUCAUAAUCACCCCAUUUUCCACUUGAGUAUUUUGUAGAUUGGGCAUAACUUAAGUUUAUUAAAAUAACUUAAAGUGCUACACAGAAUAUGUAUUUUAAAUUUUUUCCUCAUUUAUGGGAAAGUGGGGGAGAAAACAGGAUUUCUAUUUAAAACUUUUUAGCUUUCUGGUCCCUGUCGCAGAAGCAGGAUGACGAAGGGAACGUCAUUGUUUGGGAAGCGUCGUAAUAAGAUGCACAUGUUGUGCCGCCGCUGCGGCUCUAAGGCCUACCACCUUCAGAAGUCGACUUGCGGCAAAUGUGGCUACCCCGCCAAGCGCAAGAGAAAGAAUAACUGGAGUGCCAAGGCUAAAAGACGAAAUACUACCGGGACUGGUCGAAUGAGGCAUCUAAAAAUUGUAUACCGCAGAUUCGGGCAUGGAUUCCGUGAAGGAACAACACCUAAACCCAAGAGGGCAGCUGUUGCAGCAUCCAGUUCAUCUUAAGAAUUUCACCGAUUUAGUCAUGCAAUAAAUAUUCUGGUUUUAAAAAUUAAAAAAAAAAAAAAAAUUUUUUAGAAGAUGAGAUUUGAAAAUAAUUUGCUAUUGACUAAAUCAGAUUGUUGUUACACUGUUAGUCUUAGAUGGAUUCAGAAAGUCCAUUGUUUUGAAAUCAGAACUUUGU